AUGCAAGAAGUGGUACAUCUAAUUCAGGACAAUGUUAACAGAUUGUUUACCAACAGAGUUACUAUUCGUAGGCGAUUAGCUUUUGCAGAUUAUGUGGAUGCACGGAAACGAAAAUGGUUUGCUGAAGGAGGAAAUCUUAAAAUUUGUUUUGCUGGUGAACCUUCUAUUGAUGGUGGUGGCCCAAGGAGGGAGUUUUUCACAGAUGUCCUACAACACAUUAAGUCAACUUUGUUUGAUGCAAAUGGUUAUCCACUGUUUAGUACACGAGCACUAGCAAAUGAAGACUUCAUGGCCAACAACUGGUUGGAGUUGGUUCAUGAUGCUAAUUUCAAAGAUGAAAUUAAUAAGUUAGUUAAAUGUGAGAGUGAUGAGGAGCUGAGGACAUUGCUUUGCUCAGAUGACAUGAUGAAUAUUCUGCAAUCAAUCGGCUACAGGGGUGUUCCCUCCAAGGAGAAAUUGGCCUUACGAGACAACAUUAUUCGGUCGAUUGUAAUUGCAGGAAUUGGCCAUAUGCUGGCAAUGAUGGACCAAUUAAAAACUGGUCUUACACUUUUUGGGGUUCUGCAGCAAAUUCAACAUCACCGGGAGAUAAUGGCAUCAAUGCUUACACUGGAUGGUGUUGCUAAUUUUUGCUUGACUGCAGACAUUUUUCUUGAAAAUAUGACUGUAGAGUUUAGCCCUCAAGGAAGCAACAAAAAGCAAUUGGAAAUAAAUGUCCACAAAUUUUUUUGUGACUAUAUUCAAGAAUUGAACACAAGAGACACUAGCACUUCAUUAAAAACGCUGUAUAGAUUCAUCACUGGAAGCCACUCUGUAACACCACUGGGAGCAGAAAAGCACAUCACUGUCAAAUUUAAGCAUGGCUGCCCUGAAAAUUGUAAAUGCCAUCCAACUGCUGCUACAUGUGACCCAAGUAUCUGCUUUCCAAUUCACUUUGAUAAUACAAUGCCUUACUGGAGUAUUCGGGAUUUGGUUUUAUAUGAACUUGAAAACAAAGUCCUUCAAUGUACAUAUGAUAUUAUUCUGUUGUCAAAAGAAUACUUUUUUGCAAACUUCUUAAGUACUGCAUAUUACCUACACAUAACUCAUCAAAUUAUCAAAAAUAUUUGCAGCAUCAUUAUAGUCUUCUGUAAACUCUAGUUGUUGAAUGUCCACUAAGUAAUUAAAAUAGUCUUGGAAUA